AAUUCUAAUUCUAAUAGUACCCUAGUUUCAGUUUCAGUUUCAGUUACAAGGGUUUAUGUUAUGCUUCUGAAGCAACACAAACCAGUUAGCACGAAAACAGUAAAAUGGCUGCACGACCAACAAUUUGGGAUCAGCAGGAAAUUGAAGAUUGGGAAUACAAACUGCUCUCUACAACCUUGAGUUGGUCGUGCCUUUGGUACCAUUUUUCAAAUGGAUACCGCUCCCGAUGGCCGGCCUUGUCCUUCUCCUGCACAAGUUAAUAUUAAUAAUGCUGAGGAAAUAAGAGAUGGUCAUGGGAAUGAUGAGUUGAGGGACAAAGUUAAUAUUUAUAGCGCUGAUAAAGUAAGAGAUGGUGCAGUGAAUGUUGAGUCAAGGGACAAUCUUGCGUUAGUUGACAAUAAUACUGCACAAAGUCUGACGGGUGAAGAUAUAGAAGCCAUGAGAAGCUGUUAUACAAUUUUCGUCGACUUUUACCAACUGCCAUGAAAUUGGUUUAUUGGAUUUUUGAGCUGUGGCUAUUGAAUGAUUUCGAACUCGCUGGUCCAUGUCAUAUACGCAUUUUGCUCAUGUAUUGAGAUUAUUUGUUAUUGAAAGUCACUGCUGGUGAUUACCACUAAGAACAGAGAUUUCUAGAUGCUUUUGUCAAGUUUGAGCAAAUUCGGGCUCCAAGAGCAUGGUAAGAAAUAAAUUGUUUUUAUUGGUGUAAAUUUUGAUUAUGUAACGGAAAUGGUUGUGUUUUGGAGGAAAGUCUCUGUCACACGUUGGCGGAUAUGCUUUUGAAAUAUGAUUAAGAAGAUUUAGCAGUUUAUAUUAUUUUAAUCUGUCUGACUUUUGGCUUGUUAGGUAAUUGUGAGAACUGGACCAUAGAUUUCUUUGGUUUGACUUGUUAAUGUUUAAUUAUGUGCUUUAUAACAUGUUUUUAAAUAAACUAACAUAAUACUUGCAGGGGAAGUGUCUUAGCCUAUUUUCUCAUGAUGAUUUCUAACUUAUGAUUUCAACGGCCUUUUAAUAUUGCAUUUACGGACAAUUAAGGUGUAUUGUAUGAAAUAUUUUAAAUUUUGUUUUCUCCCUAAAUUUUAAGUUGUGUUAAAAGUUUUCACAUUUCGUUGUCUCAUUAUCUUUUUUUCCCCAUUUUAAUUCACUUGCCUUUAAUUGCUGUGUGCCUAUGAUGGUGUUAAAUAUACUCCGAGAUUCAUAUCUAUGAUAUAAACUUCGAUCUGAGGCACUAACUUUAUCUUCCUCGAUGAUUGGUAUAGUAUAGUGUUUUAAUGGUUUUGCUACACUACUUGUGGAGCUAAAGCUUCUGUUAUUUUGCCUAUUUUUAUUUUUUAUAUUUGUUAGCAUGAUAGAAUUGCAACGCUGAUGUUGUUGGUCUAAGUUACUGUGUGCGAAUGCAUGGCUAAGAUCUAGCUUCUGCUAUCUUGUGACUAUUUAAUGACCAUAAUUAGAGACUGUAAAUGUUUUAGUCGUACGCAGGUGACGAAAAAAAUAGACAGGGACAUCAGCACUCCAAAGGAGUAUGUUGACUUCGUCUUAUGGGAAUCUCUCUGAUGCGUGUUUUUUUUUUCGUAACUUUUGGUACGGAAGUAUUUGCAUGGGUUGUUUCGAGUUCCAUUAUACAAUUUGCAGGUGACGAUAACUUAGACAGGGACAUCAGUAAUUAUGCUAAGGAUGGUGAUUUGUUUUUGGGACUCUAAAUGAUGCGUAAUGAAUUUUCAUGAUACAGACGUAGAUUUUUAACCAAGUUAACUUUUGUUGAUCCAAUGUGUUCUAAAACCAAUAUUUAUCACUUUUAUUAACUGAUGAUGAAUUUUAUACAAAAAAUUAAUUUGGUAUAACCCCAUCUUGGGGUAGCGUGCUCUAAAUGUGUUGAUAAGUGUAUGUGUAAUAUUGAUAAUUGAUACUUCUAGUAUUGAGUUGGCCAAUGAUUUUGCACGUAUUAUCAGAUGUGUUUAUGAUGAUAUCUUAAUUGUCACUACCUUUGAGGCCAUCUUUUUGUUUGUUUUUUAUGUCAUUUUGAACACACUGGGUUUUGCUACGAAUUAGUUAUGUUUUAAUUAUUGAUUCUCUCUGUUGUGGGUUUAUUUAGUUGGUUUUUCCGUGUUGAUUUGUGUUUUUUGUUUUAUUACUUCCUAUUUAAUGAUAUUUGCUUAAAAAUUAAAUCAUUCUGAUGAAUGCAGCUGUUAUACGAUUUUCUUUGACUUUUACCAAUUGCCAUGGAAUUUUUUCAUUGGAUUUUUGAGCUUUGGCUAUUGAAUGAUCUCUAACUCGGUUGUCCAUGUUAUAUACGCAUUUUGCUCAUGUAUUGAGAUUAUGUUAUUGAAAGUCACUGUUGUUUCCAUCAAAAUAAUAGCUUCCUUGGCCUUGAAAUUUGAUUUUGUUGUCUGUAUUUUACAAGCCUGGUGAUUGCCCAUAAGAACGGAGAUUUGAAGAUGCUCUUGUCGAAGUUUGAUCAAAUUCGGGCUCCAAGAGCAUCUUAAGAAAUAAAAUGUUUAUAUAUUUGGUAAUGAAGGCUU